AUGGCCGACCGCCUCCUCUCCAGCCGCCGCAGUCGUGUCCGCCACUUAUUUGCGCGCCGGGACGAAAAGCCGGCGCGCUCUUCGAGCAACUUAAACGUCGACACGGACAACGACGAGCGCGACACAGACGGCGGCGCGCGCGACACUUUGCACGCCCACCCCAUGAGCCGCCCCGCCCCCGCCGCCGCCCCGGCGCCCUCGACGGUCGUCCUCGAGGGCCCUCUGAAGAAGCGCCUGGCCAAACGGCCCGUCGUCAUGCACGACCGCUACUGCGUCGCCGCCUACGAGACCGCCGCCCGCGACCGCUCGUGCGUCGUCGUGCGCAGCUACAAGAGCCGCCACGCGUACCACGCGCAGCCCGAGAAGCCCUCGAGCGCGCACGAGCUCCAGCGCGUGCGCGACUGGGACGGCAAGACGGGUUUCCACCGCCACGCGCACGCGUUCACGAUGGAGACGCGCGAGCGAAAGCUCUUCCAGUGCGUCGCCGCGAGCGCCGCCGACAAGCGCCAGUGGCUCGAGCUCCUACCGGCGCACGCGGCCUAUCAGCGCGCGCGCGACCGCCGGCGCAACAGCAUGAGCACAGCGGGGCCCGAGUCGCUGGCGGCGCACAAACCCCGGGCGGUGUCGCUGGCGGGGGGCGACUUUUCUGUCCACGACGGUGUAGGCGACCGAUCGCAAGGCCGCGACAGUUUGUUCCGCAGUACGGUCUCUGCUGCGUCGUCCGACGAGACGGCGCACGGCCGCCACGAGGCCGAACCGCUGGACUGGGGACUGUGUGGCGAAGGGGAAGAGCGGUCGACGGCCGCGUCCAAGUACGACGUGCAGGAAAGUGACAGCGACGCGGAGGGGCGUUCGGACGUUGUGCUGCUGGAGAAUGAGCUGCUGGGGGCACGUGCGGCGCGGCAGCCGCUGGACGCCGACGCGUUUCUGUUUGACGACAGCGGCGCCAGUCGAUUCGGAGCGGUGUGUGUGCGUAGCGGCCGCAGAGACAGCGACAGUGACAAUGGCACGGACGACGCCGAGUUCGUGGACGAAGAGCUGGCAGCGCGCGCGAGUCAGCAGGAGAAGGAGGAGAAGCGGAAGCGACGGGCGCAGAAGCUCGAAUUGAACCGGGACCUGUACGCGGAAAUGGCAGCGGCGAGACUCGCGGGGAUGCGCCAGGAAGCGCGGCACCCCAAGAAACGCGUCAGUCAUCGCCACAGUCGCUUGUCCACGAGCAGUGAGGCGAGUGAUGCCGAGAUGCUCGAUGUGGACCAGUCGAUGGGUGGCGCGGCCAAUGACGAGGCCGAUGUAGAGCUGCUGCACAUGCGUCAGCGCUGCAGUAGCCUUCGCAGUCUCGGCAGCGCAAAGAGUCAUGUGAAAAGCUUUGUUGGCAGCGAGAACGCAAGCAGUUGCGAGAUGAACGGAUGCGCGAGUGGGAACGAGGGGGAAGAAGAGUUGGCGAACGAAGUAUCGCUACCGGCCGUCGUGAGCACGACACCAGUGACUGAUGUGAAGAGUGUUGAAGCUGAUGGUGCAGAAGCCGCGAUUGCAGAGGCAGAAGAGCUGCGCCAGUUGAAGAGGAAGGACCGCGCAGAACGCCGGGCGAAGAAGCGUAUGAUGAUGAAGCACAAGGAAGAAGAAGAAGAAGAAGAAGAAAAACGCGUGGCGCUAGAAGCAGCCGAGCUCGCACGAGCUCACCGUGAAGAGCAGCGAGCUCGCGAGGAGGCAAAGGCGCUUGAGGAGCACAUGAAGCGUGACAAGAAAGAACGCAGGGAGAGGAAGGAGAAACGAAAGCACGAGAAUGGCAAGAAGUACCAGGCCGAGGCUGAGCGUCGGAAGGUAGCAGAACAAAAGCGUGCGGAAGAGGAACGGCUUGAGCGUGAACGCAAGGCGAAGAAGGAGAAGAAGAAGUUGAAAAAGAAGGAAAAGUACACUUCGCCCUCGGAACGCAUUCAUCGAAAGGGUGAGCGAAGUGUCGAGCGUACCGAAGAGUCUGCUCCUGCUACACAGCACGCUGAAGCUGAGGUUACGAACGCUUUGGUAGCUGUGGAAGACGAGGCAAAGACGAAAGCGCGCCAGCAGCUGCUUGCGGCUACGGAGCCCGCGUUGACACCUUCAACUCCGUCGCCUGUGCAGACAGAGGUUGUUUCGCUGCGGCAAGUUCUGCCCGCACCUGCAGUGUUGCCCGCUUCUGCUUUAUCUCCUGCUGGUGGAAAGGAUUCUGUUAGCGCUCCUACGGUUACCGGUGAAGGUGCGGCCGCUGCAGCGGGGUCAGUGGCGAUGCCCACGUAUCACAUGUCGCCACCUCCGUUCGUGCCAUCGUACCUCCAUGGUCCACAGAGCAUGCCCGCGUACGGUUUGGCAGCCACGUUUGGUGCCUAUCCUCCGUUUUACGCGGCUCCGUAUAGCUACGGAAGACCGGUGGGGCUGCAGCCUGCGUUGAUGCGUCCGAACAUGGGAUUUGUGGCCGGACUGAGUGCAAUGAAUUCGUUUGGCACAGCUGCUGGUCCGAUGCCAGGACCAUCUUUCCAGGAUCCGCCUGAGCGCAUGAUCGGUCCGCAGCUGCCCACGUCGGAAGGGUGCUCCGCGGCAGCCUCAUCAGCAGGCGCGUGUACACCUGCUCUUUUGGUCUCGUCCAUUGGGAAGUCAUCCGGUCCUAAGCUGAUCAACCUGCCAGAGCUGCCGGAUGUGGUGGAGUUUUAG